UUUGUUCCAUUAUAAAGACAAUAUUGUUUAAGAUGAAAACUUUGCUUUACACACUGACUUCAAUGGAAGAUGAUGCCUCAAAGCAUAUUAUCCAAAUGACAGGAUUUAAAGUGGAAGAAAAGGAAGCUCUAGGCAAAUUGCUUUUAAAACUAGAUUGCACUUUUAUUAAGAGUGAGAAAUAUAAAAAUUGUACACAUCUUAUAGCUGAACGCCUAUGUAGGAGUGAAAAAUUUUUAGCAGCUUGUGCAGCAGGAAAGUGGGUACUAACUAAGGACUACAUAAUUCAUAGUGCCAAAAGUGGCAGAUGGCUUGAUGAAACAACUUAUGAAUGGGGAUAUAAAAUUGAAAAAGACUCCCAUUAUUCACCUCAAAUGCAAUCUGCACCUAAAAGGUGGCGUGAAGAACUGAAACGCACUGGUGCUCCAGGAGCCUUCCACAGAUGGAAAGUUGUCCUCCUUGUUACAGCUGAUAAACAAAGUGAUUCUCUUGUAAGAGUCUUGAAGGCUGGAAAGGCAAAUGUUAUUUUACCAAGAAGUUCACCAAGUGGAAUAACUCAUGUGUUUGCCAGUAAUGCAAGAAUCAAGGCUGAAGAAGAAAAGGAUAACUUUAAGGCUCCAUUUUAUCCAAUUCAGUAUCUAGGAGAUUUUCUUUUAGAGAAAGAAAUUCAGAAUGAAGAUUCCCAAACCAAUUCUGUUUGGACUAAACAUAAUAAUCAAGAAAACAAAGAUUUCAGGAAAGAUAUGGGAUUUCUUGAAAUGAAAGGUGCCUUAAGAGAGACCAUGUGUAGAAUCCAGAAAGAAAUACAAAAUCAUGAUGAAGAUAUUAAUAUUAGUUCUGUUUUGACUGAACAUCACAAAAAAGAAAAAUUCAGAGACUCCAGUAAAGACUUGAAAUUUAUUAAAAUGGGAAGGCAUACAUAUGGAAAUCAGAAAGAAAUGAAGAAUUCUGUUUUUGCUAAUUAUGCCAAAGAAUCAAAAACCAAGGAUAUCAGGACAGAUGUAGAUACUGUUGAAAUAAAAAAUGCCUUAAAGAAGCACAUAUAUAGGGCUCAGGCUUUCAGAUACAACUGCAUUAGAAUAGAUAAACAACCAAUUUACAAUGUAGAGGUUAAAAAUGAUGAAUUUCCCAGAGGUGUGUUAAAUUUAAUUGAAAGUCUCAUAGAAGGACAAUUUUUUAAAGAAGCAAUUGAGGAACUUUCCUCUUUGCAGGCAUAUUAUAUCCCUCCUGUAUGCCUUCUUCAUGCUCUUUUAGAGAACGUUCUACAGGAUAACAUAGAUACAUUUUCUGGUCGAUACUUUCAUAUAUUGUCAGUUCUCCUUCGCUUGCAUCCUCCUUGGAAGUCCCCAGCCAUGUCAAGAUAUUACUUAGAGUUGUUUCAGUGUCCAACUUGUAUGAAAGGAGCAUGGUCUCUAGUAGAAGUGCUUAUAAGGUCUUGCCUUUUCAAUGAAAGUUUUUGUCAUCAAAUUUCAGAAAAUAUUAUUGGCUCUAAGGUGCUCCACCUGACACUGCUCAAAUUUUUCUUUAAUUUAGUUGAAAGUGAAGUACAACACCUGAGUCAAAAGUUGUAUGAUUCUGAGAGCCUGAAAAUAACAGGAAAGACAGUUCUUCUUGAAAUCUUCUGGUCAGGAAAUGAGACCUCUGGGCUUUUGACUAAACCAGUAAAUAAGCUUUUGGAAUGGACUAUAUAUUCUCACAAGGAAAAAUGCAAGUCUAAUGAUGUCUUCAAACAUGAACUAGCCUACUUAUUGACUGGAAUUCUUGGAGCAGCAAUAGAUUAUUGGAUCUUCCUUGGUCUUAAGAUGGGUAGAAAUGUGUUGCGACACAUGUCUGAUGACUUAGGAAGUUAUAUUUCCCUUUCAUGUGAUGACUUUUCAUCACAGGAAUUAGAGAUUUUCAUUUGCUCCUUUUCCUCCUCCUGGCUACAAAUGUUUGUUGCAGAAGCAGUCUUUAAAAAGUUGUGUUUACAGAGCUCCAUUAGUGUUUCUUCUGAGCCACUCUCUCUUCAGAAAAUGGUAUAUUCCUACUUGCCAGCUCUGGGGAAAACUGGUGUGCGUGGGGCUGGAAAGAUAAAGAAAAUAGGACAGCGGCCUUGUUUUGAAUCUCAAAGAGCCUUGUUAAUGCUGAAUGGUGCUAAACAGAAACAAAUGGAAGUGCUGCCAGAGUUACCAGAGCUGAACCUUGCUAAAUGUUCCUCAUCUUUUAAAAAAUUGAAAAAGAAGUCAGAAGGAGAAUUGUCAUGUUCCAAGGAGAAUUGCCCAUCAUUAGUUACAAAGAUGAAUUUUCGCAAGACUAAUCUAAAAGGAGAAACAGCCCUGCAUAGAGCUUGCAUAAAUAACCAAGUGGAGAAAUUGAUUCUUCUUCUCUCUCUGCCAGGAAUAGACAUCAAUGUGAAAGACAAUGCUGGCUGGACGCCUUUGCAUGAAGCCUGUAACUAUGGCAACACAGUGUGUGUCCAGGAAAUUUUGCAACGUUGUCCAGAGGUAGAUCUGCUCACUCAAGUGGAUGGGGUGACUCCUUUGCAUGAUGCACUGUCAAACGGACAUGUAGAAAUUGGCAAGCUGCUACUACAGCAUGGGGGCCCAGUGCUUUUACAACAGAGAGACUCUAAGGGGGAAUUGCCCUUGGAUUAUGUAGUAUCACCUCAAAUCAAGGAGGAACUAUUUGCUAUUACAAAGAUAGAAGAUACAGUGGAGAACUUUCAUGCUGAAGCAGAGAAACAUUUUUACCACCAGCAACUUGAAUUUGGUUCAUUUUUACUUAGUAGGAUGUUGCUAAAUUUUUGUUCAAUUUUUGAUUUAUCUUCAGAGUUCAUCUUAGCUUUCAAAGGGUUAACUCAUCUAAGUGAGCUGCUUGUGACUUGUAAAAGUCACAAAGAAACCACCAGUGCUCAUACUGACUGGUUAUUGGAUCUGUAUGCUAGAAAUAUAAAGACACUGCAGAAGCUCCCAAGUAUUCUUAAAGAACUCCCUGAGAAUUUGAAAGUGUGUCCUGGAGUACACACUGAGGCUUUAUUAGUGACAUUGGAAAUGAUGUGUCAGUCAGUCUCAGAGUUUUCAUGAUGAUAACAAAACAUAUGAGUCCGGGCGGAGCCCAGGGAGAGUGCGACGCUGGGAGCGCAGCCACGCUCCCGCCGCGGGUUCGGAUCCUAUAUGGGAAUGGCCGGUGCACUCACUGGCUGAGUGCCGGUCACGAAAAAGACAAAAAAAAAAAACAACAUAUGAGUCAACUUUCUAAACCUGUUCAACUUGCUUUGUCAUUAUUAUGGACUUCAUAGUUUAUUGACAAAUAUUAGUAUGAUUUAUUUAUUGAAAGACUUUGCAGCCUUGCUAAAUUUUAAAAGCACGUGAAGAACUUCUGCAAAACUGUAAAAUGGGCUUCUGUCUUUUCCUGUGUGUAGUUUCGUUCGGUAUACACUGCUUUCAUU